UGGACAGCUAACCAUGCACGCGUGUCAGACGGCCAAGAGGGAAUAACCAGAUGUUCUACUAAAGCAAGUACCCCUGACCUUCACGCCCAGCAGACAAGACUCGAGCAAUAACCAAACCCUAAAUCUCAAUCCUUUCACCAUGGCCACCGAUCCAACCGCCGCAGGUCCCGUGACAGUGCCCGCUGCAGCCUACCAGCCGUUACCAAACCCAAUGACCGUCGUGGGGCCGCAAUUCUGCGCGCAAUACCCAGUGGAUCUCGUCAUCGUCAAGAAGAUGAUGACCAUAUCGGACGGUAACUUCGCCGUCACUGACGUCAAUGGCUCUGUCAUCUUCAAAGUCAAAGGCACUCUCCUGAGCCUCCGUGACCACCGUGUGUUGCUCGACGCCGCUGGCAAGCCGAUCGUCUCUCUCCAAAGCAAGAUGUUGUCGAUGCAUAGGAGGUGGCAAGUGUUUAGAGGAGAAAGCUCAGACCCCAAAGAUCUACUGUUCAGUACAAAGCUGUCGUCCAUCAUUCAAUUGAAAACAGGGCUAGAUGUGUUCUUGGCAGCCAAUACAAAAGAAGAGAUCUGUGAUUUCAAGCUGAAGGGAAGCUGGUUCGAUAGAUCCUGCACUGUUUAUGCUGGCAAUUCUAAUACGAUCAUUGCCCAAAUGCACAAGAAACACAACGUUCAAAGUGUUGUGCUUGGAAAAGACACUUUUGCUGUGACUGUGUAUCCCAACGUCGACUAUGCCUUCAUAGUUGCUCUUAUCGUGAUUUUGGACGAGAUUAACGACGAUAAAAAGGAUUGAAAGCCCCUUUCUAUGCCAAGGGGCUGUGUGUCUUUCUAGUCUGUUGGACUACUAGGUUUGGUGUAUAUGCGCUAAGAAGUCAAAAGUAAAUAAUCCCAGGAUCCUCUGGAGGGCUCUUUAUCCUGAAGUUUAAUAAAUGAUAUUCUCCAUAAA